ACCCAUCCGCCAAGAUGGUGAAUUUUACAGUCGACCAGAUCCGAGCGAUCAUGGACAAGAAGUCCAACAUCAGAAACAUGUCGGUGAUUGCUCACGUCGAUCACGGCAAGUCGACGCUGACAGAUUCCUUAGUGUGUAAAGCGGGCAUCAUUGCUUCUGCCAGGGCGGGCGAAACGCGGUUUACCGACACGCGGAAAGAUGAACAGGAGAGGUGCAUCACAAUCAAAUCGACCCUGGACCUUACCGGUGUCGUCUUUCUCCCCCCCCCUCCCCCGACAGGGGUUUGCGUGCAGACGGAGACGGUGCUUCGCCAGGCGAUCGCCGAGCGUAUCAAGCCGGUUCUGAUGAUGAACAAGAUGGACCGGGCGCUGCUGGAGCUGCAGUUGGAGCCGGACGAGCUCUACCGGACCUUCCAGCGCAUCGUGGAGAACGUCAACGUGAUCAUUUCUACUUACGGAGAGGGUGAAACUGGACCCAUGGGUAAUAUUAUGAUUGAUCCGGUCAUCGGUACCGUUGGCUUUGGGUCGGGCUUACACGGGUGGGCCUUCACCUUGAAGCAGUUUGCCGAGAUGUACGUGGCCAAAUUCGCAGCCAGGGGAGAGAAGGCCCAGCUCUCUACGGCCGAGCGGGCCAAGAAAGUGGAGGACAUGAUGAAGAAGCUGUGGGGAGACAAGUAUUUUGACCCGGCGACAGGGAAAUUCAGCAAAUCCGCAGCCGGCCCCGAUGGGAAGAAGUUGCCACGGACUUUCUGCCAACUUAUCCUGGAUCCCAUUUUUAAGGUCUUCGAUGCCAUCAUGAACUUCAAGAAAGAAGAAACGUCCAAGUUGAUAGAAAAACUGGACAUCAAGCUGGACGCCGAAGAUCGAGAGAAAGAAGGAAAGCCGCUUCUCAAGGCUGUGAUGCGUCGCUGGUUACCUGCUGGAGAGGCCUUGCUUCAGAUGAUCACCAUCCAUCUGCCUUCCCCGGUCACUGCUCAGAAGUACCGCUGUGAGCUUCUGUACGAGGGUCCACCUGACGAUGAAGCGGCCAUGGGGGUUAAGAACUGUGACCCAAAGGCCCCUCUGAUGAUGUACAUCUCAAAAAUGGUGCCCACGUCGGACAAAGGCCGCUUCUACGCCUUCGGGAGGGUUUUCUCUGGCAUGGUGUGCACCGGCCAGAAGGUGCGGAUCAUGGGGCCCAACUACACCCCGGGAAAGAAGGAGGACCUCUACCUGAAGCCCAUUCAAAGAACCAUUUUAAUGAUGGGUCGUUACGUCGAGCCCAUUGAGGAUGUCCCUUGUGGCAACAUUGUUGGCCUGGUUGGUGUCGAUCAGUUUUUGGUGAAGACGGGCACCAUUACCACCUUCGAACACGCACACAACAUGAGAGUGAUGAAAUUUAGCGUCAGCCCGGUGGUGCGCGUUGCGGUGGAAGCCAAAAACCCCGCCGAUCUACCAAAGCUAGUGGAGGGUCUAAAGCGUCUUGCCAAGUCUGACCCCAUGGUCCAGUGCAUUAUUGAGGAAUCUGGGGAGCACAUUAUCGCUGGAGCUGGAGAGCUGCACCUGGAAAUCUGCCUGAAGGAUCUGGAGGAGGACCAUGCCUGCAUUCCAAUUAAGAAAUCCGACCCCGUAGUGUCCUAUCGGGAGACCGUCUGCGAAGAAUCCAACCAGCUCUGCUUAUCCAAAUCUCCUAACAAGCACAACCGCCUUUACAUGAAGGCCCGCCCUUUCCCUGAUGGAUUGGCGGAAGACAUAGACAAAGGAGACGUCAGUUCCCGCCAGGAGCUGAAGCAGCGAGCUCGCUAUCUGGCCGAGAAGUACGAGUGGGAUGUGUCGGAAGCACGGAAGAUCUGGUGCUUCGGACCAGACGGAAUGGGGCCCAAUAUUCUGGUCGAUAUCACUAAGGGCGUCCAAUAUCUCAACGAAAUCAAAGACAGCGUGGUGGCUGGGUUCCAGUGGGCCACGAAGGAGGGCGUUUUGUGUGAAGAGAACAUGAGAGGGGUUCGUUUUGACAUUCAAGACGUGACUCUCCAUGCCGACGCGAUCCAUCGCGGGGGAGGACAGAUCAUCCCGACGGCCAGGAGGGUCUUGUAUGCUUCCGCCUUGACUGCCCAGCCGCGUCUGAUGGAACCCAUCUACCUUGUGGAGAUUCAGUGCCCGGAACAAGUAGUUGGGGGCAUCUACGGUGUGCUGAACCGGAAACGGGGCCACGUUUUUGAGGAGUCUCAGGUAGCCGGGACUCCAAUGUUUGUGGUCAAAGCGUAUCUCCCGGUGAACGAAUCUUUUGGUUUCACGGCCGACCUGAGAUCCAACACGGGGGGCCAGGCUUUCCCGCAGUGCGUCUUUGAUCACUGGCAGAUCUUACCCGGAGAUCCCUACGACGGCAAUUCACGCCCUUUCCAAGUUGUGGCCGAAACACGUAAACGCAAAGGCUUGAAGGAAGGCAUCCCACCCCUAGACAACUUCCUGGACAAAUUGUAACUUGCUUCCUCCAGGUGGGCGAGGGGCGUGUACGACAAUUUGCCCAAUUCCCUGCCCCGGAAUCGGGAUUUGCUUCACACGAAGCAAGGAAGAAAUGGGGAAACCGGACACACCCAAAUGGAGAACACAAGCCAGCCAUCUUUAAGCAAUUAUGUCAUGUUCGCAUAAUGAGAAAUAAAAGUGUUGUUGUUGAAUAGAA